UUCCGCGUUUGUCAUCCACGUCGCCAUGGCGACAGCUUGGGGGCGGUGCCUUGACUACAGCUAAACCCAGCAGCUUUUUCUGCUCUCUCAUUAACACACGCUUCUGUAACGGUACUAAAGGCUGUGUAACACCGAGCAGACAGCGCACUGACGUUUCUGCAGGAAUUCAUCAGGAACGGAUCCAUUUUGGCGGAGGACAGAGAGAUGAACCCGAGCUCUGCUGUUUGGAUCACUCUGCUGCACAGCUAAAUCCCUCCACCCACCUUUUCAUCAUGUCUCCAGUUUUCUCAUCUCCCAAAUACACGACCGGCUCCACUCUACUCAGCCCUUUUCGGCCAUAUGACCCCUACGAUCCUUAUGGUCCCUAUAAUUCCUACGACCACAGCCAGACUUUUAUCUCUCAAGGUCAUCCUCAGCCCUCCAGAUAUUCGCCCUCUACAUCACGCUACUUUUUCCCCAGCUCAUGUCCAGCCCAAGUAGCCCUCUCCCUCCCUAACGAGCGAGGGCGAGCUGUACCCCGUGCCAACCCCCAUGAAAUUUUCCGCAGCGAGAGCUCAGGCCGUAUGCAGGCCAAAGGUCAAAUCCCACGGUCGAAUGGGAUACGACGUCGAUCACCAUCACAGGGGUGGCACCGCUCGGUGAACCAGUUGGACCUGGCGCAGGAAUUGGCAAUGGUAGAGCUGUGUGGGCACAGUGAGGGCGGGAAAGGACCAUUAAGGGCGGUUUCUUUUGGGGAGAAUACCAGUCGGGCAUUUGGCAGCUGCUCAGGACCAUUCUACUGGAGCUCUGAGAACUCCAAGAACGCUCAAGGACUUGUGGGUCUAAGGAACCUGGGGAACACUUGCUUCAUGAACUCCAUUCUGCAGUGUCUGAGUAACACGCACGACCUGCGUGACUACUGUCUGCGCAACACACACCGUACCGACCUCAACAACAACUGCAGGGCCAAAGCGGCUCUAAUGGAGGAGUUUGCCAAGCUGACUCAGACACUGUGGACAUCAGCGAGCAACGACGCCAUCAGCCCCUCUGACUUUAAGACGCAGAUUCAGAAGUACGCUCCGCGCUUCAUGGGCUACAAUCAGCAGGAUGCUCAGGAGUUCCUGCGCUUCCUCCUGGACGGGCUCCAUAAUGAAGUGAACCGAGGGUCACUGAGGCCCAGAGCGCCCACAGAGGACGCUUACGACCACCUCUCGGAUGACGAGAAAGCCAAGAGAAUGUGGAACAAGUACCUGGAGAGAGAAGACAGCAAAGUAGUUGAUCUGUUUGUUGGCCAGCUGAAGAGUACACUGACCUGCAGCGAGUGUGGCUUCUGCUCCACUGUAUUCGAUCCGUUCUGGGAUCUGUCUCUACCUAUUGCCAAGAGCUCUGGAGAGGUGAUGCUGAUCGACUGCCUCCGGCUUUUCGCCAAGGAAGAUGUACUGGAUGGGAAUGAGAAACCAACAUGCCAAAGGUGUAAAGCCAGGCGGAAAUGCACGAAGAAAUUCACCAUUCAGAAAUUUCCCAAAGUCCUGGUGCUUCAUCUAAAGCGAUUCUCUGAAGCUCGCCUGAAAACCGCCAAACUCUCUACGUUCGUCAACUUUCCCAUCAAAGAGCUGGACCUGUGCGAGUUCGCUUCAGACAACAGCACGCACGCCGUGUAUAACCUGUAUGCAGUGUCUAAUCACACAGGCACCACACUGGGUGGCCAUUACACAGCAUACUGCCGCAACCCUUCCACAGGAGAGUGGUACUCGUACAACGACUCCAGGGUGAGCCCUAUGUCCUCCAGCCAAGUGCGCAGCAGUGAUGCCUAUGUGCUGUUCUACGAGCUUGCUAACUCCUCGCGCUUGUGAUCCAGCCUCGUCUCCGGCCUAAAGAAUUAUUCUGGGAUCAACAUGGGGCUAAACACUGGCCUGGACUUGAGACUAAACCUCAGCAAUAGCUGUGCUUUGAGCCACAACAUGAGAUUGUUUUUAAGACUUCACUUGCCUAGGACAUGAUUUCAGACAGCCCUAAACAAGCUCUGGUAUAAGAGCUUCCUCAUCCUGUAUUCCACUGGAUGUAGACUGCCGCUGCUAAAGGGAUGGGGAUGAAAACACUCCUUGUAUGAAGAAAGAAAGCAACUGGAACACUACCUCUCACAAUGAGCAGGACCGAGUGUGUGUGUGUGUGUGAGUGAAGACGGAUGUCAAAGAACUAUGCACUGUGUACCUGGAGCUCUUUGUUCCUCUACAGUCACUCAUCGCGACUGCAUUGUGACUUUAAUUUAUUCUGGUAUUUUAAUGUUUUUCAUUUUGAGACUCUGGAUCUGAUUAUGAGUCACAACAGUGAGAAGUCACCCAAAAUCUUUUUCAUAAAUACAUAUCUGCCCAUAUCUUCAUUUACAGUAUUUGCAUCACACUGCACUGUUCAGCUGCACAAUCUAAGUCAAAAGGUGGGCAUUUUAUUAUCAUCAGCAUCUGGCCUAUUCAUAAUGAUUGGGUCUUACUGUAUACUUUAUGAUUUGUAGUUAGAUCGUACUGUGUCCCAAACCAUAUGGAUGAUUGGUUUUGUUUUGUUUUUUUGUUUUUGUAUGCCUGUGUAACUACUGAAGAACUGGAUGUAGUUCUGGGAUAUUUAUGGAAAAGAUUUUUUUUUUUUUAGAUAGACAUCCAUUACUUGUUAGCUACACUUGCUUUACAACUCCAGAAACAAAUGUCAUCAAGCUUUUGGGGAACAUGGAAUGUUUUGUACUCCAUUUUGUUUUGUUUCUCUUUUUUUUUUAACUACUUUUCCAAAACAGAGGAGAUGAUUCGCCCCCUAGUGGAGCUCAUCUUUGCAAUGCUGGUUUUGUUUUAUUUUGUGACCACAGGAUUCACUUUCAUGUGAAAGCAGGUUUUACAGCACAAGGAGCCACCUGGUGUAUCUGUGCGCAUUGUCUGUUUGAGAAAGAGAGAGAGUGUGUGUGUGUGUGUGUGUGUGUGUGUGUGUGUGUGUGUGUGUGUGUGUGUGUGUGUGUGUGUGUGAGAUACAGAUGGUGUGAUAUUUUAUUUAUGAAGUACAAUGUAUGUAUGUAUGUAUGUGAGUGAGUGAGGGAGUCACAAUUAUGUGACUCACACAGAUUGAGUCCUUCCUGUCCAUGGGGCUCCACAUGUCAAGUAUGUUUGGCUUUUUAAAAGCCAGAUAGAUGUACAUAUGAAUAAAUUAACCAAUUUGACCAUA